CGUGACGUAUAUUUUGUUUUUUAAGUGCAGUUCCUUUGACCACUUCAAACAAAACGUGGGGUGUGACGUCACAAUCACUACGUAGUUCCCUCGUCCCGGUCUUUAAACAAACGUGACGUCGGUACCACGUAAUGUAAACGAAAGCGUCAAAGCGUGUCGUUGAACGUCAUGUUUCUAGUGCUUGUAGCCACCGAAAAGUUACUUUAAACACCAUCCCUCAGCGGAUUUACUCAUAUACAGGUACUUCAAAUACUUCAAGAUCUUCCAUCAUGGCGGAGAAUUCGGACACCUUUGACCUGCUGGAGGCUUUCAAGAAGUUCGCCAUCCACGGCGACACCAAGGCCACCGGGAACGAGCUCAACGGGAAGAACUGGGCCAAACUGUGCAAGGACUGCAAGAUCACUGACGGCAAGAACGUGAGCAGCACCGACGUGGACAUCGUCUUCUCCAAAGUCAAGCAGAAGUCGGCUCGCAUCAUCACCUUUGAGGAGUUCCAGCUGGCUCUGCAUGAGUUGGCCCCGAAGAGGUUCAAAGGCAAAACUCACGACGAGGCCCUCCGGUCCAUCUUCAACCUGGUGGAGGCGGGGGCUCCCAGCAACGUGGGCGUGACGAAAAUGUCGAAGGCGGGAGGAGUGGACCGACUGACCGACACGUCGCGCUACACUGGCUCGCACAAGGAGCGCUUCGACGAGAGCGGCAAGGGCAAAGGCCGCGAUGGCCGCGAGGAUCUGGUGACCAACACGGGCUACGUUGGCGCCUACAAGGACGCCGGGACCUACGACGCCAAGAUGAAGGAUUUCAAGUGAGACCACGCCCGCUCGCUGGCAGGAAGUUGAAGCACUUAGGUCGGGAUGGAACGUGUGAGUGAGUGUGAGUGUGUGUGUGUGUGUGUGUGUGUGUGUGUGUGUGUGUGUGUGUGUGUGUGUGUGUGUGUGUGUGUGUGUGUGUGUGUGUGUGUGUGUGUGUGUGUGUGUGUGUGUGUGUGUGUGUGUGUGUA